AUGAGCUGGACCUGCCCACGUUGCCAGCAACCCGUUUUCUUUGCAGAGAAGGUGAGCUCCCUGGGCAAGAACUGGCACCCAUUCUGUCUGAAAUGUGAGCACUGCCACAGCGUCCUGUCCCCAGGAGGGCAUGCAGAGCACAACGGAAGGCCGUAUUGCCACAAGCCAUGCUAUGGGGCUCUCUUUGGACCCAGGGGGGUGAACAUUGGUGGUGUGGGCUCCUACCUCUACAAUUCCCCCACCCCCGCCCCUGCCAGCGCUACUCCUCUUAGCCCCAGCAGGUUCAGCCCCCCCAGGCCCAGGACUGGCCUCCCCCAGGGCAAGAAAAGCCCUCCCCACACGAAGACGUUCACUGGGGAGACCUCGCUGUGCCCCGGCUGUAAGGAACCCGUCUAUUUCGCUGAGAAGGUGAUGUCUUUGGGCAGAAAUUGGCACCGACCCUGUCUGAGGUGCCAGCGGUGCCGGAAGACCCUGACUGCUGGGAGUCACGCUGAGCAUGACGGCGUCCCCUACUGCCACAUCCCCUGCUAUGGCUACCUGUUUGGCCCCAAAGGUGUGAACAUUGGUGAUGUGGGCUGCUACAUCUAUGACCCUGUGGAGAUCAAAUGAGAUGCUCAUAGCAGAGGUCACCCUAACUCAGGCCUCCCAUCAUCCUCUCCAUGGUCCAAUGGAAGCUACAGAAUUCUCUAGUCCCACGGGGGUGGGAGAAGGUGGGAUUCUGGCGGCCUGGGCCUAGGCUCCAUGGUAGACCAGAGUCUAGACUUUCUCUGCCAACUCCUCCCUUUCCCAUUCCUAUCUGGUCAGGGGACAUAGGCCACCCCAUUUUAAGGUUAGUGUCUUGGUCUUCCCAAUCCCUUGACCCAGCAAAUUCUGUAACUUCAAGGUACUCAUAAAACUUGUGUUUAUUUUGGCUUCUCCAAUAAAAUGUUGGCUCCC